GAAGAAGAAGAGGAAGAAGAAGAAGAAGAAGAAGUAAAAGAAGAAGGUGGACGACCUCGAAGUGCUAGAAGACGAGGAUAGGAUGUCACCGGAUCUUCGAAUAGACUUCACGGAGAAGGGCGUCGCGGUCGACAAGUUCACGGUGCAAAUCAGAUAAAGGGAAACGACGUCGCGAGAUCGUCCGGAAGUCCGGACUAUGCUGAAGUACUUCGCCGAAGAGAAUACCAAAGAAGACCGAGCCGGUGCGACGAAGAAUGUAGUGAUAGUGACCACACUGUAUACCUCGACGAAAACACUUGGGGGACUCUAGAGAACCCUCCAGAUCGUCUUUCGUCUUUGUCGUGCACGCAAGCAUCGACGACAGUAUUUUUGCUCCAAAGAUAAGUGUAUCUAAGAAGAUUCAGCGAGGUCGCCCGGGACACUCGUCUCGUUCUCUUUCUCUUUUUUCUCUCUUUCGUCGACAGUUCCUCCCGAUAAACGCAACGAAGAUCUCUCUAAUGGGAACAUACGCGUAAGUGGUUCGUCAAAGGAUAGCGAAGCGUCAUUACUCGACAAACGAGUCACGAGAGAAGGUAGGUGAUUACACGUCGAGAACGAAGCUCCUCGUCAUUGAGCGAGCGAGCGAGCCAACGCAAUAAGCUGUCCCAUCGUGCCACGAGAGCCAGGAUCGAGACGCGUGCAUGUACAAACGUUCUCUCUCUCUCUCUCUCUCUCUCUCUCUCUCUUUCGUCCGAUGAAUCGGCCGAUCGCCGUGGAAUAUUAUUGUCCCGGGGUAGUUUUCGGUACGACCCCUCGAAGCGGCGAAACUGCGAGCUCUCGAAUCGUACGGAACGUCAAAGGAGAAGCGCCGGUGCCCGGGGCGAGGUGGAGUCCUCGACGCGUGCCAGGCUGCUGAUCACAGGCACCGCGGCGAGAAGAGUAGGAGAGGGACCGUAGAACACGGGGCGAACGCGCGAGAAGAGUGACGGAGAGCGGAGGAGAAGGCGCGCGCGCGCGCGCGCGAGGGAGAAGGAGAGAAAGAGGUAGAUAAAGAACGGGAGCAGCUUCCAGCAUCGUCUCGAACGAGGGGUCCUUCCGUUCGGGUGCUAGGGGUGUGCAGCCCCGGACGAGGGGUCGCACUCGACUCUUUUAAAGUGGGCAAACCGUGCAAGGAAAAGGAGACGUCCUCGGGGCAAUGACAGGAUGCCUCCGUCUCGUACAGGACGUGCAUACGAGGGACCGCCGUCCAGGAUCGCCACCAGGAUCGGCCCCGCGGUCGCCUUGCUGCUGAUCCUCCUGGAGCAUCGUCGCGCGACCUGCCUAAUGAGUAAUUCCGUGGAUGACUGGGUGAGCGGCGACGCGGUCGUCUGCAACGGCAUCCCGGGGCUGACGAAGGAGCAGCGCGAGCUCUGCCACGUGAAUCCCGAUGUGACCGUCGCGGCGCUCAAAGGGCUGCAAAUGGCCGUGUCCGAGUGCCAGUAUCAGUUCAUGUGGCACAGGUGGAACUGCUCGUCCCUCACGCCCAGCAGCAGGACCCAGCAGAGCAGUGUUCUCCUUCAACGAGGCUACAGAGAGACGGCCUUCGCCUACGCGAUUUCGGCAGCUGGCGUGGCUUACAACGUGGCUCGUGCCUGCAGCAUGGGCCGCUUGCUCUCCUGCGGCUGCGAUCCUUCAAACUACAGGGGUAAAACGCCGGCGAAGGCCAGAGGCGUCCAGUGGAAGUGGGGCGGUUGCUCUCACAAUCUCGACUACGGCAUAGAAUUCUCGAGACAGUUCCUAGACACGCGGGAGAAAGCCGGCGACAUACAGUCUACAGUGAAUCUACACAACAAUCAAGCCGGUCGUCUGGCGGUGGCGAAGAACAUGCAGGUGCGCUGCAAGUGCCACGGCAUGUCCGGCUCGUGCGAGCUGAAGACCUGUUGGAAAGUCGUGCCCGAUUUCCGGCUAGUCGGCAAGGUCCUGAAGGACCGCUUCAGGAACGCCGUUCUGGUGACGCAGAGCAACCUGGGCAGCGUGACGCCGACCAUGAAGAAUCGCAGCUCCCGUCGGCGGAGGCUCGAGCGCCAAAGGCGACGGAAGAGUCGCGUCGAUGAGCCCGCGGGAGGCCGCAAGAAGAAACAGCGGAGCCUCGCGAAGCAGCUCUUUUAUUACCAGAAGUCGCCGAAUUUCUGCGAACGGGACCCCGCGGCCGACAUAGCCGGCACCGUCGGCCGCAGGUGCAACAAGACCAGCACCGGCGGCGACGGCUGCGGCAGCUUGUGCUGCGGCAGGGGUUACAACGUGGUGCGACAUCGGCGGACCGAGCGGUGCAACUGCCAGUUUCGCUGGUGCUGCUUCGUGCAUUGCCAAAACUGCACGGUGGACGAGUGGAUCACGGUCUGCAAGUAAGGCAGCUCUCGGAGGAAGAGGUCGAAAAGGACGAAGGUUUAAGACUGACGAAAUGUCGAGCCGGUGAACGCCGUUCGUUCCGCGAGCGGCUCGAAGCGGAUCGGCGGAGGUCGAAGGAGAGCGGACGUUGACGGGUUCGCGCGGUCUCUCGAGAUGAUAAGAGAAGCAAUUAGUUAUCUCUAGUGGACGCGCGAGACUGUGCUCGUUCGCUCGUUCGAUUGUAGGAUGUAAGACGAUAGGAUUAAAGAUACGGUUCUUAUUGAAGUCGAGAAGUUAUACACCAGCCACACGAAUUUCUCCUGGGCGAUCGAGAUCGGAGAGCGAAUCUCUCUCUCUCUCUCUCUCUCUCUCUCUCUCUGUCUUGCCCUCUCUUUUCUCUCUACUGGCUUCGCAGAGCUCUGCGAACGUAUUAGAAACGUAAUACUCCUCGUUAGCGAGAUUAAAUCCGAUUUCUACGAGAAGUGAAACCCCUGUGAAUUCGAUCGUAAUGCAAUGCUUUGUUUUCUCGGCGGCGUGUCGUCUCUGUCACGGGUCAGCACGUUAAUUGCGCUAUUCGAGAGUCCGUAUUAAUGUUUGCGACACGACAGUAAAACGGCAAGAGAGGCUUGUCCAUCAUUGAAACGUCCAAAUCCAAUUUCUGCGUAAACGACCGUUGUUGCAGUGAAUCCGUCGCGACUGACGCAGAUCGUAUUCUAUUUACUCAAAGCCCCUUGCGCGGAUAUUAUAUUUCGUACCAUCGAUACUUGACAGUUGUAUCUGCGAGACAAUCUGAUCAGGAGCGGCAAGGAUACUUGAAUCAAUGCAGAUGUUCAACGAGAUCGCACUAGAAAGGAAUUUACAUUUCGCUCCGCAACGCUCCGCAAUAACGCGAGUAAUAAAGAAGAACGAUUUAUACAUAGACUAAGCGAACCCUAUAAUUUAUUUAUAAUGGCGCCCUAUUUAAUUGAUAUUUAAUUUUAACUUCUACGUGAACUGUAACACCUCCAUCACAGUAUUAUUAGACAAGACUCGUGCCUCGUUCGACGCGGGCACGGUUGUAUACAAUUUAACAAUGCGCGUACAAUAAAGAGAGUUCCUUUAAACGACGCACAUCGCACGUUUGUCU